GGACGCGGUCAUCGUCGUCGUCUUCGCUUAGAAAACGUUUAAAAAUCGAUUUCUUCUUCUGAGUUCAAUAUUUUUUUUAACAACCUUUGCUUUAUUUCGUCCGUUAGAUGCGACAACCGUGCUAAUACUAUAACCGUAGCUCGUCGUAGUUUGUUUACCGUUCGAAAUAUUUUGUAACAGUUCAACAAUAACAAUCGAUAAAUUACAAUAAUCCAAUACAAAUACCAAUAUGUAAAGUACAAUAAUCAUUAUUUACGUGUUAUGUACGCCAUCACGUCGUCGUCGACGAGCAACCGCGCGGCUCAUUCAAGGCUCCAGCGGCAGCUCGUCAAAUAAUUUUGUUUACUCCGGUCCGGAACGCCCGCGCAGUCUUGACGGUAGUGUUUUCGAUCGCGAUUAUAAUAAUUAAUAUAUUAUAAUAAUCUCAGUUUUGUAAAACACAUGUCUCGCCGUGACGAUGACGCAUUCUAUGCGAUCUCGCCGAAACCCAUGAGGAUUAUCGGUGUUUUGUUUACCGUUAUCCUUUUGUUUAUUCCAUCACGAGGUUUGUCGCGCAUAGACGACGAUGACGAACCGUUCGAUCAACAUUAUUAUCAUCAACACAACAGAGAUUUGAAUUUCUUGACGACCAGAGCAGCUGUUGAACGCGUACCUCUUCAAUUCGAAAGGUAUCAAAUUCACAUUCCUGUUCGUGAUGCUGUUGAAAAACUUCCUUCGAAAAAAGAUCCAUCACCAGCAAAAUAUAGACUUGAGUCUGAAAGUGCUAACGUUUUCUGCCAUAUCGACUCCACACAGUACCAUAAAAAUAAAAUUCCUCAAACACUGGAACAGAUCGUAUUGUCUUCUUGUACCCAUGUACUUUUUAACUCUGCGGAUACGAAUUUCGAUAUUAUUGCUAACAACUGGUAUUCUAGUCAAACUAAUGGCACGUUCGCUUCGGUUGGCCGUUUGAAGAAAAAGAACCCUUCGAUAAAAGUACUGUUGUUAGUGAACGAAAUUUUCCCCGAAAGCUUGUCGUUCUCGAGAAGAGACUUCAUAAUUUCUGCUUCGAACGUGUUGAAAACUAACGGUUUCGACGGAUUAGUUUUGUCCGAUGUUACACCAUCGAAUUAUAACGAGUUCGGCGAUGACGAUAACACUAAAGAGGAGUUCCCAUUGUUAAUCGAAGAGUUAGCCAGCGUACUGAAGACGAGGGGAUGGUCGUUGUCGUUAAUCGUGCCGCCUUUCGAUCAAACGUCUCGAAAGUACGAUACCAAGAGGAUCGUCAUGAACUUAGAUUUUAUUAUUCUUAAGAGCUUUGAUUUCCGUCAAGACAACGACCAAAUAAUUAGUCAUCACUCUCCGCUUUACAGUGCUGUAGAUAGGGACCCGUCGUCCAAGUAUCGCAACGUGGAUCAUAUGGUAAAACUCUGGUUGCACAAGGGUGCUGAUCCUAGUCAGAUAAUACUCGGUGUGGCUUUGUUCGGAAGAAGUUUCAAGUUGGCUGACCCAAAAGAGUUCCAACCUGGUUCACGAGUGCUCGGCAACGGAUACGCUGGCAGAUGGACGAAAACUUCCGGGUUUCUUUCGUACUACGAAGUAUGCGAUCGCACUAAACAGGACGACUGGAAACAGUAUUCGGACAAAUCUGGUUCACCGUUCGCCGUUAGGAAAGAUCAAUGGAUCAGUUAUGAAAACCACAACAGUUUAACGAGAAAACUUGUGUAUAUGGAAAAAAUGGCGUUGGGUGGAAUAAUGUUAUGGUCAUUGGAUUCGGACGAUUUUAAUGGACUUUGUGGUACACCUUGGCCACUGGUAACUGCAGUGAAAACAUACGUCAGUGCCGCAAACAGAAAGAAUUCUGCGUCAAACGAUGUACGUGAAGUUCCAUCAAAAUAUGAUCUAAACAAGAAAGUCGUAUGCUAUUUCGCCAGUUGGUCGUGGUAUCGGUACGACCAAGGCAAAUUCGCGCCGGAGUAUAUCGAUAGAAAUCUGUGCACACAUGUGGUCUAUGCAUUUGCUUCAUUGGACCCCAACGAUCUGACAUUGACGUCGGGAAAUGAAUGGGAAGACUUUGAGAACAAAUUUUACGAAAGAUUGGUGUCAAAUUCGAAAUCCGGGGACAUAAAAGUUAUGAUUUCAAUGGGCGGGUGGACGGACUCGGCCGGCGACAAGUAUUCCAAACUAAUCAGCAGUGGUGUUUCGAGGAGAAAUUUCGUCAGCUCUGCCGUAGGGUUUUUGAGAAAAUACAACUUUAACGGGCUGCACCUGGACUGGAAUUACCCGGUAUGCUGGCAAGCCGAUUGCUCCCAAGGACCGUCUUCGGACAAAGCAAACUUCGUUAAGCUAAUACAAGAGCUGAAAUCCGAGUUCAACAAACAAGAGCCGCCGUUCGAGUUGUCGGCCGCAAUAUCGGGUUACGAAGAGAUCAUCAAAGAAGCUUACGACUUCCCCAGUCUAAGCGAGCACUUGGACUUCAUGUCGGUGAUGACGUACGAUUACCACGGAUCUUGGGAGAACGUCACAGGACACGUGAGUCCGGCGUACUACAAGGAAGGCGACGAAUUUCCCACGUACAACAUGGACUCGACCGUAAGGUUAAUACAGAAGUUGGGCGCGGAUCCAUCGAAAAUCGUAUUGGGUCUACCGUUCUACGGUCAGACGUUCACGUUGUCGUCGAACUCGGAACACGGACUCGGCGAUCCGGUCAAGGGAUCGGGAUAUCCCGGCGAGUACACGCAACAGCCCGGCAUGUUGGCGUACUACGAGAUUUGUAACAGAGUUUUGAACGAGAACUGGCAAGUGUCAAGGGACAAAAAGAGCGGCUUCGAUCCGUACGCUUAUAAUGGAAACCAGUGGGUGGGUUACGACGACGAGAUAUCGAUUAAAUUGAAGUCCGAGUACAUAGUGAAGCAAGAACUCGGUGGAGCGAUGGUUUGGACGAUCGAUUUGGAUGACUUUAACAAUAUGUGUUGCAAAGGAUCAUAUCCGCUGUUGACCAAAGUGAAUGAAGUGUUCAAAAGGAUUCCAAUAAAAUCAUCGAAUUCCGUGUGCAAUAAACCGAAUUAUCCAACAACACCAGCUUUUCAGAUACCGACCACUACCGAAGAAGGACAAGGUUCUUGGGAAGAACAAUCUCCGUCUUCAACAGCACCAACAACAACGACAUCAACUGCGAAACCUACUAGACCAACUACAGUAAUCGUCACAAAUCCUCAGACCAGACCUCCGACCACAACCGCGAGUACGACGACAACUAAAGCGCCUCCGAAGAAAACCACAACAUCGACCACGACUACCACCGAAUCAAAUGCUGAGUUUGAAAAUGAAAACGAACAACCGAUGACGUCUCACAAGCCACCUGUGAACCGCCCUUGGUGGUCCGAGUACCAUACCCAAAGGCCGGAACUACAACAAUCAUGUAAACCAGGGAUGUUCCAAGCUUCCAAAGAGAAUUGUCAAAACUACUACCAAUGUAAAAAUGGGCGGUACAGAAAGUAUUCGUGUAAAAAAGGAUCGUUGUGGAAUAGAAACAUCAACAAAUGUGAUAUGUCAAGAAACGUCGACUGCAACGAGUCCACUAACGCUGAAAUUUCCGAAACAACUUCGACAACAACGAAAGCGCCUGCGACCACAUCUAGGCCAACCACAGUCAGACCGGUCAACACGUGGCGACCAACGACGACAACGACGACGACGACGAUCCGACCAAUGACUACAUCAUGGCGGCCGACAACAACAACAUCGAAGUAUAGAAAAUGUAUCGAAGGCGAACUAGUCGCAGCCAUUGGCGACUGUACGUCUUACUUUAUGUGUAGUCACGGUUAUUUCGUAAGACAAUUUUGUGCAUCUGGAUUGGCUUGGAAUGAUCAAAAGAAAAUGUGUGACUGGAAGUACAACGUGUACUGCAACUAUGGACGCUCGAAUAGCAUAUUUACCUUUACUAAUCUAGCCAUCAAAUCUUCGAUCGAAUGUCAAGAGGGUGAAUUUGCAUCGCACUCGAGCGACUGCAAUAAAUAUUUACAAUGUUUGUGGGGAAAGUUUAAGGUUAACUCUUGUCCUGCCGGUCUUUAUUGGAACAACAGGCUCAAGCUAUGCGAUUGGCCAUUGAGUUCCGGAUGUCGGCCAUCUCAAGAAAUCAACACUUAUCCGACCGAAGAGCCAGGGUAUCCGUCGUCACCCGAACAACCAACAAGUACCCAGCAGACCACUAUGAGACCGACAACUUCGAAACCUACAACUUGGAGACCAACAGCCACCAAACCCACGACUCCGAAGCCUACCACCACAACUACUACUACUUCUACGGAAUUCACCUCUGAAGAAAAUUCGUGGACAUGGAAACCUACGACUACGAAACCUACCACGGAAGAUCCGUGGGCAUGGAAACCUACUACUACGACGGCUGCAACUUUACCCACGACGCAAUCAAAUUAUCAUCUGACAGGACAAUACAAAGUCGUGUGUUAUUUCACCAACUGGGCAUGGUACCGGCCAUCGCCCGGUAAGUUUUUCCCAGAAGACACGGAUCCGAAUCUCUGUACUCACGUAGUGUACGGUUUCGCAACUCUGGAUUACACAGAUCUCGUAAUAAGAGUGUUCGACUCGUGGGCAGACGUCGAUAAUGGUUUCUACGAACGAGUAGUAGCGCUCAAGCGACGUGGUGUUAAGGUAUCCAUUGGACUAGGGGGUUGGAACGAUUCGGCAGGUGAUAAAUAUAGUCGUUUAGUCAACAAUCGUUCAAGCCGCAAGAAGUUUAUCUAUAACGUACUCAAUUUCAUGGACAAAUACGGUUUCGAGGGUCUCGAUCUCGACUGGGAAUACCCGAAAUGUUGGCAGACCAACUGUAACCAAGGACCGGACUCCGACAAAAACGCUUUCUCCAAUUUUGUAAUGGAGUUAAAACAAGCGUUUAAGCCCCAUGGGUACUUAUUAUCUGCAGCGGUUUCUCCCAGUAAAGUCGUUAUCGAUUCGGGUUACGACGUACCAAUACUAAACCAAUAUUUAGAUUGGAUCGGUGUCAUGGCUUACGAUUACCACGGUCAAUGGGACAAGAAAACCGGUCACGUUGCACCGUCUUAUUAUCAUCCCGAGGACGAUAUCCCGUACUUCAAUUUGAACUCCACUGUCCACUAUUGGAUUGAGAAAGGGGCGAACAGUAGAAAAAUCGUCCUCGGCGUGCCGUUGUACGGCCAGUCGUUUACGCUGUCCAAUCCCAAGGUGCACGGUCUGAACGCACCGGCAUCCGGUCCGGGAGAAGCUGGGAAAUUCACCAGGUCGGCCGGAUUUAUCGCUUACUACGAGAUCUGUCGUAAGCUUGCCACCGAACAAUGGACCGUUGUUCAAGACCCGGGAUACCGCAUGGGCCCGUACGCGUACAGCGGUAACCAGUGGGUAGGAUUCGACGACGUCGAAACGGUGAAACGAAAGGCGGAGUACGUGAAGUCGAUGAAUUUAGGAGGCGCGAUGGUGUGGGCUUUAGAUUUGGAUGAUUUCCGGAAUGUGUGCGGCCAAGGCAACUAUCCGCUGCUCGGCGCUAUCACGGAAACGUUGGGUCAGAAAUAUGGUGAUCUCAACACAACACCUAUGGCACCGAUCACCAAUAAACCGACGACGACGACGAAACCUUCGACGACUGAAAUAUCGUCGACCACGUUAAUACCGACGAGACCGACAAAACCCUUGUACACGAAACCGACAACGACGACUACCAUCACUACUACAAGCACUACGUCAACCACCACCACUCCAAGACCUCAGAACACGGAGUACUUUAAAGUCGUUUGUUACUUCACCAACUGGGCGUGGUACAGACAUAGCGGCGGAAAAUACUUACCUGGCGAUAUCGAUCCGUCGUUGUGUACUCAUAUCAUUUAUGGGUUCGCGGUGCUGGACAACGACGAACUGAUCAUCAGGGCGCAUGACACGUGGGCGGAUUUCGACAACUUUUUCUACCGGAAAGUCACCGAGCUCAAAAGAUUUGGCGUCAAGGUACUGUUGGCUAUCGGAGGAUGGAAUGAUUCGGCCGGCAGCAAGUACAGCGAGCUGGUCAACGACCCGUCGGCCAGGAGCAAGUUCGUGGACCACGUGAUCGGUUAUCUGAAACAAAACGAUUUCGACGGACUCGAUUUCGACUGGGAGUAUCCGAAGUGCUGGCAGGUGGACUGCAAACGAGGCCCGAAGAGCGACAAAAGAGGGUUCUCGGAUUUGUUGUUGGAACUUCGAGAAGCGUUCGACAAAGAAGGCUUCCUUCUGUCGGCGGCCGUGUCACCCAACAAAGUUGUUAUUGACGCAGGUUACAACGUGCCGCUGCUGUCCAAGACAUUGGAUUGGAUAUCCGUAAUGGCGUACGACUACCACGGACAAUGGGACAAAAGAACUGGACACGUAGCACCCAUGUACUCUCAUCCUGACGAUUACGACAUGACUUACAACGCGAAUUUCACGUUAUACUACUGGGUGAGCCAAGGUGCAGACCCUCGAAAGCUCAUAAUGGGCAUGCCCAUGUACGGCCAAUCGUUCUCUUUGGCUUCCAGUCAGAACAACGAUCUGAACGCACCGACUUACGGAGGCGGAGAAGCGGGAGACGCGACCCGGUCCAGAGGGUUCUUAUCCUACUACGAAAUCUGUCACAAAGUAUUAACGCAGAACUGGCAACUGGUCCAGGACCCGCUGGGCAGGAUGGGCCCAUAUGCUUACAAGGGUAACCAAUGGGUGUCCUUCGACGACCAGGACAUGAUAAGAUUCAAAUCGGAAUUUGUCGUGCGGAAUGAUCUCGGUGGUGCAAUGAUAUGGGCACUGGACUUGGACGAUUUCAAAAACGUGUGCGGAUGCGAAACGUAUCCGUUGCUCAAAACCAUCAAUCGGGUGCUGGGUCGACUGCCAGGUCCGGGACCGGACUGUUACCUGGACCAGGAGCGGAACGAUCUGGACGGGGUGGUGAUCGACAGCGGCGACGUAGGGUACGCGGAGGAAGGGGGCCGGGGCGACGACCGGUGCGUCGAACCGUUGUUGAAGGGUCACGCGAAGGAUUGCCACAAGUACGUGAUAUGCGAGUUCGGCGUGUUGCGCGAACAGUCUUGCCCGUCUAUGCUGCACUUCAACAAGGUGAACAUGUUGUGCGAUUGGCCAGAAAACGUUAACUGCACCGCGAACCGCCGAUCGUCGUCUCGCAGCCGACUUCUGUUACAUUGACUUCGCCCAGAACGACCCACACGCAGCACCAUGCCGACCCGGUAGUCAAAAUCUUCAACCCGCGUUAACGUCAUGUCCACCUAUCUCAACCCCCCCCACCCUAUCACCACCAAUAUCAUCCGUGUAUCGUAUUUCCACUCCGCCGUCCACUUCAGCUCUGAUCGUUUCGUCGGAUCCAAAUGAUCCUGAAGGUUAUCACGCGCCACACGGUGUCGGCUGAUACGGUUCCGUCGGUCUUUUCGCCAACAUUUCCGACCGAAGGCUAACCGUUGUAAAUAUUUCGAAUUAUUAAUAUUAUUUAUAUAUAUUAUUGCCGUUGAAAGGUAUACGAUUAUAAUCAAAAUCAAUAAUUAUUAUCCGUAGUUAGGUUAUGUUGCGCGAAAUCGCUCUAACGAAACCCCUACCUAACCUUUACACGUAUCGUGAUGUUAUAUCAAAAUAAUUAUUAUUAUUAUGUAUUUUCGUUUUAUUUAGACCUCGAUCGGUCCGCAACGAUUAAACGCAUCGCAUGUACUGUGUUCUAAUAUACUAUUUUUAUUCCUUAAUACGUAUAGUGAUAUUAUAUUAUAAUUAAUAUUAUUU